CACUUACAUACUUCCUUCCUUCCUUCCUUCCUUCCUUCCUCCCUCACUUACAUACUUCCCUCCUUCCUUCCUUCCUCCCUCACUUACAUACUUCCUUCCUUCCUUCCACAUAAAGGCACGUGUAAUAGUAAAAUUUCGAUUGAGGUAAAAGGAUCGUCCAUAUUUUAAACCAGUCUGUUUAUAAAAAAAUAAAAUAAAAAAAAAGUUAGUUGGUGUACUGUGAACAUGACAGUUGUGUUUCUUAAUCCAACAGCUCUUAACAGUGUUGAUGUUGGUAAUCCUCAGAACUGCUACCUACCUAGAGGAGUUACUCCCUCUUGGAAUUAAGGAGUGUGGGGGGUGGUUGAGUGAAAUGUGUCACAUUAUCACCAUAUCAAUAACAGUAUUGUGUGUUGAAUUUCCUACUAUGCAGUAUGUGUGUACGGAGUAUAAUCCAUCCCUGGUAGCGUUAAACACUAACCUGCUGCACAUUGCUGCUCUUCAUCACACUUGCAUCUCUUUUCUAAGAGCUAGGCCCACCUGUUCUGGCCACACCCUUUCUGUACCUUUUGUUUUGUAGAGCAAUGUGCAAAUCACUGAGACGUUACGACUCCCUGCACGUCCUCGGCAGAGAUAAUCUCACCCUGUGUAAAGUGUGUGUUAUCAGGUUUGAGCUAGGUUUGUUUACACACUCCUGCCCGUCACUGCGCAGUGAUAUGGACAUCUCCAAAGGAAAAGCUGGAGCUCUCGUGUGUUCCUGCUGGUUAAGAGUGAUAGCGAAUGGGGAUUAACUUUAGGAUCGUAUAGAAAUACGAUCCGAGAGCGUGUUCCACAGAGGGUGUGCCUUGGCAGACUGUUGCGCUGCGAAAAAGGGAAUCUCAGAUAAAGCAGCAGUCAGUCUAAAUACGAAUAAGUUUCACCUGGCAGAAAAGCUAAUUCACCGAAGGGGAAAGGACGCAGGAUGUCAAAGGCACACAUUUGAUAGUGGUUACUUUCACUUCGCCCCAACUUCUAGGUGAACUUUGGCCUGUGAAUUGACGAUCCUCAGCCUUGUGAGCCAAUAGAAACCAAGAAGGAUGAAAAUGCGACGCCACAGAGUGUUUUUGCUUUGCACCGUGGGGCUGUGUGUCAUUUCUUUCCUGCACUAUUACAAGGCCCUGCAUUAUGUAUCUCUGCUACGGGAACUUACAGCACCCUACCCAAACAUCAAGUCGUUUAUAAUGGUGACUGGAUUCUUCUGGAAAGAGAGAGCCACCCCACUGUCCAGCGCCUCUCCUGAAGAGGGACCCCUGCCAGUCCUUAGACCCUCAGAGACCAGGCCCCGGGCUCAAGAAGGAACCGGGGGCAUGCGUGCAGGAGUGGAGUUGAACAUGGCUGGAGAACCCAGAGCACCACAGCCUUGGGUGAGACCAGAGGAACCGCAACACAAGGAUCCAGACCCUGAGCAGAAGGAAGACAUGAAGAUGAUCAUGUGGCAACCCAGUAGUGCAGUACACCAGGGAAUGGACCUUGUGAGAUCGAAUGCUCCCAGUGUGGUAGUGAAGAAGCAGGAACCCCAGCGUGCAUCAACUCCAGACCCCAUCAUGCGUCUGGGUGACUUACACAAGCGCCACUUCAUCCUCCAGGAGGACAACAAACCCUAUUUUAUCCGUACCAAAGCUGGCGCUCUGUGUUUCCGGCAGGGGACAGAGAUAGUGCCCGUAAGAGAAGAUUCUGGGGCAGGCAAAGGUAAGCCGACAGUGGCUGGGGUCCUUCAUAGGAACAUCUUGCAAAUUGCAGAGGACUCUGGUGCUCGAGCAAAAUUGGUGGAAGACUCCAGUUCCACUCGAUUGAAGCCCAAACGCGGCAAGCGUCUUGUAAAGUGUGUAUGCCGUUCUGGUUGGCAUGGUCCUUACUGUGGAGUGCCUACAAUGGUGUACCACUCAAACCUGCCCACUAAAGAGAGACUGACCCCUCGUGAGAAGCCACGACGCGUCAUUAAUGCCAUUAACAUCAACCAUGAGUUUGACCUGCUCCAUGCCCGCUUCCAUGAACUGGUUGAUGCUGUUGACCUCUUCCUAAUAUGCGAGUCCAACUUCACAGCAUAUGGAGAGAGGCGCCCGCUGAGCUUCCUGCAUCUGCUGCUCAAUGGCACUUAUGACUACAUGCGUCAUAAGAUCCUUUAUGUAUUCCUGGACCACUUUCCUGAAGGUGGCCGACAGGACGGCUGGAUUGCUGACGACUACCUGCGCACUUUCCUUACGAGAAAUGGCAUGGGUCGAGUGCGGGGUGCAAGGUCUGAUGAUGUUUUCCUCAUCAAUGACGCUGACGAGAUCCCGGCCCGCGAGGGCAUUCUUUUCCUCAAGCUGUUUGACGGCUGGACUGAGCCAUUUGCCAUCCACAUGCGCAAAUCACUCUAUGGCUUUUUCUGGAAGCAGCUUGGCUCUCUUGAAGUGGUUUCAGGAUGCACAGUUGGGAUGCUGAAGGAGGUCUAUGAAAAUGACGGCAUCCGCUUGCGCCGGCGCGAGUACUACACCAUGCCUAAUUUCCGCAAAUAUGAGAAUGACACGGGACACAUCCUGGUGCAGUGGUCAGUUGGAAGCCCAUUCCACUUUGCCGGAUGGCACUGCUCCUGGUGCUUCACGCCUGAGGGCAUCUACUUCAAACUCGUAUCGGCCCAGAAUGGUGACUUCCCCCGUUGGGGUGACUAUGAGGACAAGCGGGACCUUAACUACAUUCGUGAGCUGAUCCGGACUGGAGGUUGGUUUGAUGGCUCUGUGCAGGAAUACCCUCCCACAGACCCUAAAGAGCACAUGUAUGCCCCCAAGUACAUGUUAGACAAUUAUGAGAACUUUCGCUACCUGCUGGAGAACCCUUAUGUUAAGCAGCCUGCUCUAAGUGGGGGGUAAAGAGGAAACAAGAUGGGGUUUAGUUGUAGUUCAUCUGGAUAAUAAAGGAAAAUAUGGUCCAGUGGAAGUUAUCAGGGGAAGAAGGGAACCAAACUCUGCCUACAUCCUUUUUUCCCCCCUUUCUUACUCAUUGGAUCAAGCCCCAAAGGUUAAUUACUACCAUCCAGUCCCUGGCAGAGAAGGGUCAGACCAGCUGUGGCAAUGGAUGAACAUAAGUGAUUAUUAUUAUUAUUUUGUUUGUUUCUAUUGCUGUUUGCUCAGUGGGUGUGCAGAAUCCAUCAAGAGACUGUAUCAGACAACUUCAUUAGUGAUGAAUUUAUUACACUCUGACCCUUUGUGUGUGAGAGAUAAAGAGAAACGAGUGCGUGUGUGUGUUUUUGUGAUUGGCCUUCGAGGUUCUUGGUGCACUCCUAACCAUACAGAUUUGUCUUCUAUAUUUGACUCUCUUUAAAAACCAAACUAGGCUGAUUUAUGGCCGUCAGUGGAGCGAUUUCUGUAUGAAAGAGAGAAAGAGGAAAAGAGUUCUAAAUUUGAAUCCGUUUCUGAAUCUGUGAAACAUGGGCUUUAGCUAAUGCAGCACUUUCUGUCCAGAUUCCGCUCUGAUUGCUGAAGCCGGUGUGGUGAUGUACUGUUGCGCUCUUGGAUAAUGAAAUGCAGUGCACUCGGAGGGUUCAGUUAUGGAGAAAGAAAAAUGGCUCAGAUGUUGGUGACAAUGUUGGUCAUGUAUGCAGAAUAGAAGAGGAAAGGAGUUAAAGCAGGGAGUAAAGGGUUGGUAGAAGUGGAGAAGACAGCAGGAGUACAGUAGAUCUGUCCAUUCCCCUGCCUAAAGUAAGAACCGAUGGAUGUUGGUAAUGUUCAGCACAGCAGGAGACCAUUUCAGUUUAAGAGCAGGCCACAGAGGAGAAGAGAAUAGUCCCUCCUCCCUUUUUCUACCCUUCUCUCCAGGCCUGUCUUUCUGUCAUAAGGCAGAUUUAGCAUUUUGAAAUGUUUGGCUGCGUGGACGACGGAAACCACAAUUAUCAGUUAUAUCGACAAACCCUUUACCAUUUGAGUUUGUCAUAUAAUUUUUUUGUCCUUCUAUGGAGUGUUAUGGAAAACGAAUGGUAACGUUUUUUUGUAAAAGUAUUACAAUUACACACAAUCCAUAUUUUCAUGUCCCUUCUUACAAACAGCGCAAAAAGCAGGACAGCCUGGACUGGAAAUGAGAGCAGAAGCUUUACGAGCUCCACUCUGAUUUAACGUGACGUUUAAAUGUGAUGGGAAAUGGACAUGCAUUUAAAAAGCCAGUGAUGAAUUCCUCCAUCAGGUGCUGUAGGUGAUGGGAAAAGUCAGGGGAGCCUAACGAAAGAAAAUAUGCAUGCACUUUGCAAUAUAGAAGAAAGUCUUAAUAGAAAUAUGUUCAACAGAACCUUUUUCCAUUAAAAAACAAAACUCAUGGGACAGCAGUUUUCGUAUAAAACUAACUUUAAGAUACAGAAACUUCGCAAAUUUAUCUUGAAACGUUUUUUUUUUAUUAUUAUUUACACGCACAAAGUCGAUGGAAACGCACCUAACUAGACACGCCCAAAUUAUUUCUCAUAAUAUCUUAUCUCUAGCAGCAGUGUGUUGUGUCAUUGUGGGAGUGUGAAAAGCAGGGUAGUAAACCAGCAAGGAUAGGAAGUGGGGGGAGUGAGAGAGAGUUCAGCAAAAUCCCAGCAUUCAAAUGAGGUCACAAAGUCCUCAGCAUGGGGCGUCCACAUCCCGUGUGUGUGUGUGUGAGUGUGAGUGUGUAUGAGAGAGAGGCCGAGCUCCACACUGCAGCAAAACCACUCAUGAGUGCCAAAUGAAGGGAGGAAGAAAAGAGCCGACACAUUUUCUGUAUUUUUGGGUUUGCUUUUAAGUAAAUAACCAUGGUUCCAGCCAUGUUUCCUGUUCUACACUGCAUCCUUCUUUCUCCUGCGUUCCUCUUCCUUGCCAGCUUUUGAGCUCUCCCUGGCUGCCAAAAAUAACGUCGGCUUUCUGACAGUGGGAUUUUUUUUCCCUCCCCCCCACGCUAGCUGUGUAUGUUAUGUGUAGGGUUGUGCACUCCUCCGUCUUCGCACCAGAGGAUGAUGAGUGUUUGAUGGGCAUCAUGCUCAACCGGACACGCCAAGCUCUGUCCUGCCGCAUCAGGCUGGGCUGUUUCCAUGGCAACAUACCACCCUGCCUACAAAGUGAACACCAUUCAAAACAACGUGUCUACCUUUACAUACCUGAAUGAAACUUCGAUCCGAGUGAAAGGGCUGGAUUGUUCGUUUAAUAACCUUUUCAACAGACGAAUCAAUCGUCAUGUACACUUUCAAACCCGAAUGCUUUUCUAAUUAGCAUGCGGUCUGUGCAGGUGCAUUUUGCUGAUAAAUGUGGCAGCUAGCAAAAAUUGGGCUUUUAAGGAAAGUUUGUUACAAAAUGAUUUUUUUUUUUUAAUAGCUCCACGAAUUCACAUUUUUGAAAUGGAAUGUCACGGAACGUGAAAUCUUUUGGCCUUUUAAGUAAUUAGGAGUAGGCUACUUUUUGCAGAGAACACCCAACAUAUUGAGCUACUAUAAGCUACUGUUAUGGUAACAUUGAGACUAAAUGCCGCAGCUUGCAUACGCAUACAUUUUGGAUGUAUGGAUUAUAUAUAAUGUACAUGUAAUGAGAGAUUGGGGUUUGAAGCCAGUAAUCUUUUUUUUAUAUAUAUAUAAGUCAAUGGAUCCCCCUCAGUAAAUCUGUGUUUUAUGACCAUAAUUCAAGUAUUAAAAUAUUAGGGUCAGUAGUUAAAAUGUACAAUUUAAUUUUUGGCUUUUGAUUGGUGUCAUAGAUCUUUUAUUAUUAUUAUUAUUAUUGUUGUUUUGUUUUGUUUUUUUCUUUCCCCUGAACUUUUCACUCACUGAGCAAGAAUAAGAAUUUUUCUUAAUCAGUUUGAUUCAAGGCGUUAAACCAAUUCAAUUCAAGUGACUCAAAAAAAAAAAAAAAAAAAAACUGGGUGUAAAAUAAAAAAAUAAUAAUAAUUAAAAACCUGUUUAUGAGCAGGUGUGUCCAAACUAUUGACUAUAAGAAGUCAAAUAUAAAUAAUAACUUUGAUAAUGACUGGGAUUUUGUACCACUGUAAAAAUAAAUAAAUUAAAUUAAAUUAUAAUAAUAAUUGCAGACCCUAUUUUGAAAACCAAGGCUUCUAUGUGCACAGUUUGUUUGUAAUCUGCAGUCGG